GUCUGUCAUCAAAGUCAUAAUCAGAACCAGUUUUACACAGGUGUGGAAGUGGUAGAUGUGUCUUUUGAAUUUCAUUUCGAAUUAUUUAGUGUCAUCGAUCGGUACUCGUAUUUUUUUUUAAAUAAAACACAAAUUGCUCUUCUUUACGACACUGUAAACACAAGGGUCACACAAAUCUACAGCUUUCAUUUAUCAAUCGCUGAAUUUUUACAAUCAAUAUGCAAGAAACCGUUACAAACUCUAACGAAAGAAAGUCAUUGUUCUCGUCGUUCUUGGAGGUGCUGGAGGCUCGUGACAAACAGGCUCAGAUCGACAAACAACUACAGGAAGAGAAAUAUUUAAGAAGGACCCAGCGAAUCUACGAUUUCCAUGAGCGACAACGGCGCGAAGCAGUGGAGCUGCAGCGCUGCCUGGACUACGUGUCGCAGCACGCGCACGUGCUGGAGACAGUGCUGCGCGGCGCCAGCGCGGGCGGCGCCGAUGCUCCGCUGAGCGCGGCGCUGGUGCGCCAGGCCGCGGCGCUGCAGCGCUGCAUGGCGCAGUGCGUCGCCAACGCCAGCCGCAUCCGACAACUGCUCACCGCCACACACCAGCCCCAGAUGGAUACCAUGCUCGCUAAGAUGGAAGCCGAGCUACGCACGUGGACAGCGUUCCUGCAUCGCGCCGUGGACGCCACGUACAACACCGAGGUCGUCAUCGACAACCUGCAGAACAUGAUCGCGGAGCAGCGCCGCGCCGUGCGCGAGGUGGCCGCCAGCACCGUGGUCACGGCGCUCACCGCCGGGGGCGCGGCCGGGGGCGCGGGCGCCGACGCGGGCCCGGCCGGGGGCGCGGCCGGCUCGCCGCUGGGCCGGCGCGCGCCGUCGCUGGCCUGCAGCACGCCGCUGGCGCGCGACUAGCGGCGCGCCCCCGCGCCCCCGCGCCCCCCGCCCGCGCGACUGUCACUACUCGUGUGCAUAUGACUCCCUCGCCACCUCUCCGGCAACAGUUCAUCUAGGGAAGCUAGAUAUGUUUGUGCCUGUGUUGUGAUCGCGGAAGGUAAUUUUUAUAUAUUUGUUUGUAAAUAAUGAGAUCGAUUCGCACCGGAGCUAUCUAGCCCCGCUACAGAGCAUAUGGCCGACAAUGUUGCUCGCUAUGUAAUGUUGUUACCAGCCGACAAAAAUAGCAAUCGCUCAAGUGACUAUCGACGCGGACGUAACGCGUAACCUUGCCGUAUUUCGAAUAAUAUUUUAUAUAUUAGUAAUGAACACUCGAACUCCGAGCAGCGCCUCGCACUCGCGUUACAUGGGACGCGGUGUAGCUGGCGCGGGGCACGGAGUCGAUCUUGUUGUCAAAUGAGUACAAAUACCGAGGUGUAAUCCAGCACUGCCUUAUAGUGUGUGUUCAGGCAGACAGUGUAACCAAUAAUUAUAAAUUGUUGUAACUAUUCGCUUCUAAAAUUAUGUAGAGUAUAUGCUUGAAAAUUUAGGUAUUUAUAAAUGUUGAAUUUGUUGCGUACAGAUUCAGGAACGUACCACGACUGAAGUCGCAUCAGUAAUACAUUGACACGUCCGUGUCGGGACCAAUAGGCCGCGCUACUGCCCGCAGUACUACAAGUGUAGCCCGCCGUCACACGAGUACUCAGCACUGUAACAUUGCAUUACGACCGAAGUCAAACUUUUUAAGGUUGGGUGGACGAUGUUCAAUUUGAAUUCACGUCCAAAAUACAGUUAUGGAUGUCCUAACUAUAAUAAAUUGUUUAGAUGACUACAUUAUAAUCCAACCAAAGGAAUCCGUGACAGCGCCACCUAUCGGAUUCGUUUAAUAAAUUAAUCAAGGACCCAAUCCAAAGCAAACAAUACGUUGUGAUGCAUAUACUGAUGGACAGCUGAUUUAUUGCUGUCGACGUACAAGCUGUGCCUGACUCUUAUGUACGUCUUUUUAAAUACAAUAAACAUCAACUAUUAAUUAAUGCUAAACGUUAAAAUUGCCCAUUAUUGGCUUCAGUCACUAUCCGUUUCCGAAAAACACAUUUAAAUCUUUCAGAAGUUAUCAGCACCACAGGCAAUGUGACGAGGGCGGAGCACUUCCAUGGAUUGUUUGUUUACAGAGUUUAGUAGUGCAUUUCGAAUAAGUAACAUAUUGAUUAGAAGACGACGUCCGCGGCACGUUCCAGCAGUCUGUACGCGCUAGAGAUGUAUGUUACGCCACUUGGUGGAUGCGGUUUAUAGUUAGGUCGCUGUAUUCGUAAAGUUACGGCUUACGGUGCUUCACUUUCUGAAUACAGCAGGACCUCUUUAAUCCGAACCCCCUCUAGUCCGAACACCUCUGUAAUCCGAACCCCCGACCCGAGUCCGCGCUGUCUCGCUCUCGCCCGCCAGUUACUUUCCGAACGUCAAAAUACUGGAUUUCUUCAAAAAUGUUGAAUAAAAAUGUAACAUUUAUAGAUUAAUACCAAUAUUGUAUUAUGUAUGUACCUAUUAUGUAGUUUUAUUCGAAAAAACUACCCUUAUCAUCAAUAUCCCUAUAAUCCGAACGCUCCACCAAUCCGAACGGGGGCUAAAUUUUCAGAGUUCGGAUUAAAGAGGUCCUGCUGUAUGUCAAUGUUUGUACGUACUGGCAGAGUGAGUGUCGCGUGUGCUUCUUGUCCGCGCCUUUUGUAGCAGACCUAAACAUCUGAUACUGAACAAUGAACAUUUGAAACUUUGAUACUCUAUUUCACAGUAUUACCUUAUUAGUCAAGUUUUAAGCUGGUAUAUGUAUGUGUACAAUAUUAUUGUUAUCGACUAUACAUCAAUGUUGGAGUUAUAUAUUAUAAUAAUAUAGGAAUUAAGAGUGUGGCCAAAUUUUGUCUAGUGUUUCAGUGUGACGCACACGAACUCGUACAGUUAUCGAUAUAGCUGUGGACACCAGGCGCGAGUGUUGUUUGUGUGUUGCAAUGUUAUAUAUCUGUCGCUAACUUUACACUUUGUAUUAAAAUAUAAUGGCGCGCACUGCGCCGGCUGCGGUGAUAUCACAACGAAGCCUCGACUUGUCUACUUAUACAUGUUAGAGAUAUCUUGUUACUGUACUGAUGGGACCUGCCGUACCUACUCCACUGACUCCUCACUCGUGCUUCUACUUUUACGGCUGGUGGCAUACACCAGAAAAUAACAAGAAUCCAGAAAAAAUAUUUUCAUAGGAUUCUGAACGAGAGAUAAAUUUAUUAUUUAAUCUUACUGAAGUCACGCAUAAAAUAUAAGCGUCUGAGCAAUAACGCGCUCCGAUCAUUUUUGGUAGCUUUUGAGCGACAAGCAUAUCCACGAUCAGACUCCGCCAAUCAGAACAGUGGCAAACAUUACCACAAAACUUCGUAAAUUGUGCGCCAUGCGUGUCACAUUAUACAAUUUAUCACUCGAUUAGAAUCCUACUAAAGUUCAUCGAUUUUUAAAUUUUGCAGAUCAUAUUAUCUGUCGGUGGAAAUACAUUUCAUGUGUACUUGACAUAUAGCAUUCAUGUCCCAACACUUGCUUCUUCAGUCGACUAGGUACUGCGCCCAUCCACAUUCCAGAUUUUCUUGUUUUAUAUGUACAACUUUAUUGAAAAAAUAAAAUGAUUUUUUUGAAAUAUAA